AUGCUUGUACGUGAUGCAUUCGAUCAACCAGCAAGUGUAGUGAAAACCAAAGCUACUGCCACAGAUUUAGUAACAGAGACUGAUCAAGCUGUUGAGAAAAUGCUCAUUGAGGGAUUGAAGAAAGCUUUUCCGGAUCAUAAGUUUAUUGGUGAAGAAUCGACAGCAGGCGGUGCAAAAAUAGAGUGGACAAGUGCGCCGACAUGGAUUAUUGAUCCAAUAGAUGGCACGACGAACUUCGUGCACAGGUGCGUCUAUAUCAUAGUCUUUUUUUUUAAAUUUUGACG